CUCUGAGGGGGGCGCUGGCCGGCAACGUGACCGCUGACGUCACCGUUCCCACGCUGCUGUCGGACUGGCGCCGUCUGUCCGCGACCGCCCAGCGCUUCGGGCAGUUCCUGACGGAGUGCUCCCGCACUCUGGGCGAGGGCGACGGGGCGUCCUGGAUGCCCCGCCCCGGCAAAGGCGCGGUCGACUGGCUUGGAAUUAUCAAGGGGAGGGGCCUGGAUGCGUUUUUUCAAGCGGGAUCACAGCUGGAGAAGUGUUCUGCGUGGGCUGACAUGGAACCAUACUUCCAUGUGGCCUAUUGGAUCAUGAACUUCCAACCCAACAUCACGGCACCUCCAAACUGCACUGUUGACCAGGAUACUAUGGUCCUCCUCUGUCACACCGGAUUCACCUGGGAAGGAUUUGUCCCACUGGCCACUUCUCUGAUGCAGGACUUCUCCAAGCCAAACACAUUGGCGAGGUUGGUUCAGGGCUCACUUGCCUUUCUACGAGGUGUAUAUGGGCAGUUUGCCGUUGAAAAAGCGAUGAACCAGCUCAGCUCCCCUGACCUACUGCCUGGAGACGGAACCAUUCAGAGCCGCCUGGGUCAUCUCAUCCAGAUCUUGGACGGAAACCUCAAACUGCUCUCGAGCAUCUCACCCCAGGAGCAAUUUGACAGCCAGGUCUUACAGCCUCUGCUUCAGGGAGCAGUCGGGGCCCUGGGCCUGAAGCCUCUGGAGGCACUGUGGAUGCAAGGCCAUCUCAAUGCCUCUGACAUAAUUGGUGCCGUAAUACUGACAGCUCAAAACAACCAGCAACUUUUGUCUUUUUUUGACUUUCCUGUGAACAUGACAGAUCCGUCCGUGGCCGAAUUGGAGGCCCUGGUCUUCAAGUGGCUGUCUGUUGGACUGGAGGAGGGAAAUUUGUCCCUCCCCCUGUCCCUCAGCAUGGCCGACGUCCUGCUCUCCUACACUGCUUCUCUGAACUCCACGGACCUGGACUACAUCAAGUCUCUCUGUCCCCUAACCAACCAGAGUGUAUCUGAGGUGGUCAUGCAAGCCAUACAGGUACUAAAGCAGGUGAUGGAGGAACCAGGAGACCCCUCCGUGGUAAUUCUAGGGUACCUGAAGCAGAUGCAAGACUUCUUGAUCUCUGCCAUGCAGUUGCAUAACUACACACAGCUUCUCGGGGAAAGCCACAUGGCCCCAACACAGAUUGAUGACCUUCUUCCAGGAUUCCUGGAGACCAUCCAGCUCCUACAGGGCUUCAACAUGACAGGUGAUUCCACAGACUUGGAUGCCAUCCUGAGACACCUGAGUGGCCUCCUCCCUCCAGAGCUCCACCCAGUGAUGAACCAAACCCAAGUUCUGAUUGGACGACUAUCUGCCUGCACCACCUCUUGGUUGGAUUGCCCUGCCAAAGUCUCCCAUGCCUUUGAAGUCCUACCUCAGGCUGCAGAAUUUAUGCAGCAGACAACCAAUGGGAGUGCUAUCUUCCAGUUGCCCCCUGGAUAUAACUUCUCUAGUCAAGAAGACCUGCCCUUUUCUACAGCUGUGGAUCUGCUGUCCUUGUUGCUGUGGUCAAACGGCACCAACACAUCCUGGCCUCUAGGGUCCAAACAGAACACUUGCACCAAGGCUAUACACUUUCUCCAGCUGGUCUUAUCCACGCCCAAUGUCAGCCUAGACUCCUUGCAGGAAGCUCUCCGUGCCUCCAACCUCACCCUUGGGGAGCUGGAUAUGAUCGCCACGGCGGUAGGGACUUAUAAUGUAUCUGCUUUGCUGGAAGGCCUCAUGGGCAUCAUGGAAGUUCAGCAGUGCUUCCAAAUCCAUCCCCAGGACGUGUCCAUGAAUGGAGGAAACCCAAAACCGACAGAUCCCAAAUGCAUUGUAGAGCUUGUUAUGAAGACAACGGGGUUCCUUCAAGGCCUCAACAUGCCCAAGGAAGGCCAGGGGGAGUACAUGGCUCUGCAAACCUUGAUCCAGUUCUGGGCCUCUGAGUCAAUGGAGGAAGAGGGCCUUGGAAUGAUUUUACAGGCUGGAGAUGACCCAUGGGCCACAUCCAUAAAGGCUUCAACUAGCCUUCUGGGAAAUAUCCAAGAGAACCUACGUGAACUCUUCCCACAAUCCUGGCCACUGAUCAACAGUGAAAUCCAGUUGCUGAAGGGCCUACUUCAUCUUGCCAAUCAGAAGUUCCCAUACUCCACUAACUACCAGAUGGACCACCAAGUAGCCACCCUAGAAAUCAUGCGGUGGUACCUGACGAAGUUGCAGAAUGUGACACAGGGCAACAAUGCCUCCAUGCUCAUUUACCCCAUGAUCAGGAUGGCUGAGAUGCAGCUGGCAGAACAGGUGGCCCAGAAUGAGUUCCAGAUUUUCAUAGCAAAGGCGACUGAGGACCUGAUCCGGUCAGUGCAGUUCCCCUUGAAUGAGACAGACUUCAACAAAAUCGAUCACUAUAUCAUUCGUGUGAUCCAGGCUGAGCUAAGUCUCUUGAAGAAAAACCUUGAACUACAGAAGGAGUACAUUGCGGAUGACGACGGACAGGAGAUCCUGGAAGUGAUUGAUGCUCAAGCUACGAAGUAUGCAAAGAUCUUUUCUCAUUGGCUGAGGGACACCCACCUGAGCUCUGUCAUUGGCAGCAUCAUCCAAUGGGAUGCAGGCCCUCUGAACAGCACCACCCCAGGGCCGAAUAUUAGCCGGCUGUUUGACGCUUUCACGCCCUUCCUUUCAGGGGAGGAGCAGGCUGUCUUUGCACUUGUGGGUCGUGUCUCGCAGUUGCUGGAGCGCGCUACGCUAGCGGCAAAUGAGGAGGACUUUUUGGAAGCCAUUUCGGAUGCAGUGACGAUUAUCCUAAGGAACGUCAGUAAACUUCCAGACUCUCUCACCUCGAGUUCUCUGCAGAUCUUCUUGGGGUCUCUCCAGCUGAUUUUCAAUCCCGACUUGGACACUAUGCAUGCUGGUCAGCUCAUAUCGAAUGUCUACUGGCAUGCUGACGCCCUGAUCCAGGCUGUCGCCCCCCCCAGAGUCUCCUCUGUCCUUCUGCUGAUGAGUCGGUAUGCCGCCAAGUUGACUCUGGGGCAGAGCUGGAACGAAAUUUUCAGUAUCAUGCGGGACCUAAAACUGCCACAGAACACAAGUGCUGGCGCCUAUCUGUCUUCGAUCAUGAACAUCACACAACUCUUCUUCGGUCCCAGCCAAGAGGGCAACGGCACCCUAUGGGAGAGUUUGCAGGACGUUGACAUGGGAAACCCUGCUGAAGUCAAUCACAAGGCCCAGGAGGUCCUGAUGUCCCUGUCCCACCUCAUUCCUGGGGGGCAGGAAUGGGGCACUGUCCUGCAGUCCCUGAAUGACGUGCUGCCUGUCCUGCUGGAGGUCUUAACUGAGGAGGCAGACCAGCUCACCUGGCAGAGGGCAGAGAGGAUGCUGGGAAAUCUUCUCUCAGCCAUUGAAGGCACCCCGGCCGGGGAGACCCUGCCCACUGCCCUCACGGCCGUAAAGGAGGCGAUCGCAGGCAUGGCUCACAGCCUCAGGGCCGAGACAGAUCUUAUCCACAGCCUACAGAAGCCAUUAUCGCUCCUGAUGUGGGAUAUCGUGCAUGCUGUGAACUCUAGUGACGCAGACAUCACCAGCGUCUUUGACCUCAUACCUGAAUCUGUCCUACACACCAUGACAGUCAUCCGACAAGCUGAGGAGACGGGCCAGGCCUUUGAGUGCCCGGACGUGUUGAAAGCCUGGGCAGCGGUUGCUGACGCGGCUGGGAUCAGUGAGGCCAGCCUGGGCGUGUGGUGUAAUGCCAGCCUGCUCCCGGCCGUGGACCUCUACAUGUCCCACCCUGGAGGGUCUAUGCAGCCAAACGUCACGGGGGCCGGGAUGAACGUCAGUGCCGUUAUGGUCGUGGCUGAGCUGCGGGCCCUGUACUGGGCCAUGGAGGACCGGUCGCUCACCAUGGAGGCCUUCUGCAACGAAAUCUCCGGUCACUUCAUCCUGCUCGAAAGUAUCCUGCAAAAGGAUCAACCCAAAAUGGACGACUGGCUGAACCAAGUCCUCAGUGAGCAGCUGUCCCAGAGUGCGACGGCUUUCCCAGAGUCUAUCCUGCCCCUGUUGGCUGCCUGCCCCUGGAUGCAGCCAUACAUGCAGGCACUGGAGCUGACCAUGAACUUCACCCUCCAGAACUCCCAGCAGCCAGAAAACUCCGCCCUUACUCCUAACUUCCUCGGACAAGCCCUCCAGGUUUUCCUGACCGGAUUAAACUGGACCGGCGACUCCCUUCACGAACUUACAAGUGGAGCGGUCUUCCGCAGCGCCGACGGGAACUUCAUCGACAAAGUCCUAAAGGAUGCCGUCAGGGAGAUUAUCCGGCUGAAGAUACUGGGGGACUGGCCGAUGGCUUACCAGGUCAUGGAGCAGCUCCUGGGUGCGAACGCCACCUCACUGGUUUUGGAGAAGUUUUUUGAGUUCAGUGAAUGGUGGCACUCUGCUGAAACAUCGGGAAUGGAGUUUGUGUGGGAGGCCAUGGUUAGGCUCUACAGUACAGCCAGAGCUGUCCUGUCCACCCUGAUGGAGCUCGACAUCCCCCUCCCUCCAGACAGCGACAUCUUAAUCGAUCUUGUCGGGAAGAUACUUGACACGCUGAGGCAGAUUGCCGGAACGACCGACUUCUUUGCCCCCUUUGAAGCCUUCAUCGCCCAACUCCAGGAGCAGAUUGGCAUCUCGCCUAUGUCUCACUCCCCCAAGAGGGUCAGACGUAUGGCCGAAAGGCUCCCGAUAGAGGACUACCUUGACCUCUUUGAUAUCGACUACCCUGCCCUACUAAAGGUCCUCUCUGUCCCGCCCACGACAGCAGAGAUCAUGGAAACCGUUCACGUCUUCUUCGCUAAUCCAGACCUUGCCGUCGUGCUGAAGGGCUUGUCCAUGGAGUUCACUCGGGUUGCAAGUCAGGCUGAGACCAUUGACACCACCCUCCGUAUUCUCUCCUCCGUCACUGUGCCUGGGGAGUGGCAGAAGUAUUCAGACGUUUUCACACAGAUUGCCAGAGAAGGCUGCCGUCCGGACGACCUUGGGAAAAUGAAGAAACUUCUGGAAAGCAUGGGUACCCUCAUUGACGUGGCCAUGGUGUUGUCCCGGCAACCUUCCUUGGACAUCGCUCAGUAUGUAGAGCACAUGGUCCAAGAGUUGAGCCCCGUAGUCUCUGGGAUGGUCUACAGCCAGAAGGGUAACCGCAGUGACAUAGCCAUCCAGUUCCUCACCGCUUUUAAUGGCAUACUGAAUAAGAACCUGGAGGAUGCAAAAUACGACAACGUUGCUGUUAUUGUCCAGAGUCUUUUCGCUGCUGUAUCUAAGCCAGAGUCCCAGGAAAGCCUUGCCAGUUGCACGCUGGCGUUGGAUGAGAUCGUCGCUGCCUUUGCCACCUUCCUGCCUCGAGAGGAUGCAAUGUACUUCAACUCCUCAGCUCAGUUGAUUAAAGGCUUUAUCAUGCUCAACCCGAUAGACAUGGAGCUCGGGAAGUCUGCCAGCUUGAUCUCGGGUGCACUGGACCACCUCCUGGCUCCAGCCGGGCAGUCUGUCCAGGAUGUCUCCCAUCAACUGAUUAUCAACGGCGUGCUUGUUACCCAAGCCCUUUGGAACCUCUCCAACUCCGACUACGCCUGGGGAAGCAGCCAGGAGAGAGAGCGGGAGGUUGCGCAGGUGAUUGGAGACCUGGUCUCCCGUCUUCCGGAGGAUCAGAGGAGUUAUGUCGUCCCUCUUCAGGGCCCCCUCCUCACUGGGCUGGCUGGGCUCUCCAGCAGAGCUGAAAUCCCCAAUGCUUUCCUCAACAUCUCUGAACAGGUCACCGUCUCUCUUCUGGCUACGCUGAACAUCACAGAUUCUCCAAAGGAAAACACCAGUGGCCUUGUCCGCGUCCUCUUCUCUGUCUCAGACUUCGUGUCCAGAAGCCUACAGUCAGACUUGUCCCAGGACCCAUCCGCGACCAGUUUGCCUGUCAUGUUCCGGUCUGUGCGCCAAGCAGUAAUCAUCCUGAACCCUGCACUAAAACCUGCGUGCAGACAAUACCUUAAUGUCUCCCUCAACAUCCUCGAGACGUUGGCCAUCACCUUCAACCACACCGGUGUAGACGUAGGUGCUACUACCUCCACGAUAGCUGCCACUGUCCAGUCCCUGCUAGCCAUGGUGCCAUUCCCAGCUGCCCAGACCACUGAUGGUGUCAUCGACAACACAAAGGGACAGAUUGCCCAAGUGGUGUUUGGGGCUGUUCAGAUGAAUAUUGGCCAUCUGCUGACAUUGAAUUCGACAAACUGGGGGAAAAAGCUCCCAGACAUGUUGGUUGACGUCGGUGGCAGAAUUCCUGAUGGGCUCCCCUUUGGUCGUUUGGUAAAGAACCUUUUCAGUCAAUCUCCAGAGACCCUUCACCUCCUGACACGUAUCGGGGACACCAUCUCGGAGAUCCUUGUGACCGACUGGACGUCCAGCCAGUUCACCCCUCGUAUCGACAACCUGUUGAUCCAGGUGUGUGAGCUGGAGGGAACGGGCUCGUUCCAGGGCCUGUACCGGGAGCUGUCGCUCUCUCCGGGGCUCCUGUGUGAAACGGGGAUCCCCGCGGUGCAGGCGGUUCACAUGCUGUCGUCCGCCCUGCUGAAUGGGACCGCCAACCUGGGCGCUUUCUCGGACAUGCUGUUCCAGACCUUCGUGGGAGACCCCACCACGUACAGCGUGGACACCAACUGGACGAACGCCCUCUCCAGUAACCUGGGAUUCAAUGUGUCCGGUCUGAACUUCCUCAACAUCAGUGUCAAUGCUCCCGGCCAGGUGAAAGUGUCUGACCUUCUGAGGAACAGAACAGCAUUUGUGACAGAUGUCCACCAUCUCACCCGCAUUCCCUUAGAGGUGCUCAAGGAUCUUCUGGACAUAGUUCUGCCUGACAGCAACCUCCAGCUCCUGGCCUGGCUAGCUGACAUGCGACACUGCGGUGACCCGUCGAAUCUGGCUCUCAACCACACCGAGGAGCUGCUCUUUCGGUACUUCUGCUCGCUGGAGCCGCGCAAGUGGUACAGCUUCAUGGUGCUGGUGGCUCGCUACGUCAACGUGGAGAAUGUCAUCUACAGGUUGGUGCUGUCCAACGACAUGCAGAGUGUGGUCGGCCUCAUGCUGCAGAUGCUCAAGUUCUUGAUGGACAUGAUGGACAGACUCCUGCCCGCCAUCGACCGGCUGCAGGACUACCUGGUCUCCAUCAAGGGGCUCAAUCUCGUCGCCAACCCGGAGUUCCGAAGCAUGGUGGACGGUCGGAGUGCCCCCAUGUCGAGCAAGGCUACCUUCGCCACUGUUUCCCGGGCGCUGUGUGCCAACGGCAUGCUCUCGCUGUUCGGCAUCUCCAAGCUGCCCAUCGCGGCCGCCUCCGACCCCUCCACGCAGGGGAACCCCGAGAUCGAGGAGCUCAUGGAGAAGUUCAAGAUACCCCGCAACGCCACUCCGUUCUGUAAGAACUUCUACCUGGACAUGGUGAACACCACAGGGGGCGCUGUGGCCUGGGCGUUUCUCAAGCCCAUGCUCCUGGGCAGAGUCCUGUACACCCCGGAUACACCGCUGAUCAGAGACAUCAUCAAGAAGUCCAACACUACCCUGCAGCAGUUUGCCGACCUGCGGGUGUACGCCCAGCAGUGGCUCAAGUCCUCCGGCUAUGUGAUGGACUCGGCAGAACUACUGCAGAAAACCCUCCCAAUGCUACAGAAUUCCUUGGGCAAUCCCUUUGUGCAAAACUUCAUCCAGAUGCAGACGGACAUCGACGUGCCCCUGAUGCAACAGACCCUGAACAGCUUCUCUAACAUGACCACCCUGCUGGACCAGAACAAGCACAUUGUCCAGCAGAUCUCCACCCUCUCCACCCUGAUGAUGAACCUCUCCUCCUGCGUCAACUUCGACCGCUUCCAGGCCAUGGGCUCCGUCGAGGAACUCGACGCGCUGGGCGAGAACCUCACUCGCAGCCGUGACCUCUACGCCGGUAUCAUCUUUGAGCUGCCGAAGGGCCCGUCGAGCUCAGACCGGCGGCGGAGAGAAGCCUCAGGCUCCCUUCUCCCGCCCAAAGUGGAGUACACCAUCCGCAUGAACGUGGAGAACGUGAUGCGCACGGACCGCGCCCGGAACCCCUUCUGGGUGAAGGGCCCCUACAUCUCCGCCAUCAAGACGCAGCGCUACACCCGCGGCUUCGCCUACCUGCAGGAGAGCCUGGACCGCGCCAUCAUGGAGCUGCAGCUGGGCCGCAGGGUGGAGGAGCCCGCCGUGCAGAUGCAGGCCUUCCCUUACCCCUGCUACCUCCGAGACGAGUACCUGAACAGCAUCGCCUUUGCCUUCCCCUUGGUGCUGAUGAUCGCCUGGGUCCUGUUCAUCGCCAACUUUGUCAAGAAGCUGGUCCACGAGAGGGAACUACGGCUGCACGAGUACAUGAAAAUGAUGGGGGUCAACCCCUUCAGCCAUUUCUGCGCCUGGUUCCUGGAGAGCUCGGCCUUCCUGGUGGUGACCAUCAUCAUCCUCACCAUCAUCCUGAAGGCCGGCCGCGUGCUGCCCCACAGCGACGGCUUCCUGCUCUUCCUCUACCUGUGCGACUACGGCCUGUCCAUCCUGGCCAUCAGCUUCCUGGUCAGCACCUUCUUCGACAAGACCAACAUCGCCGGGCUGAGCGGGAGCCUGAUCUACGUCAUCUGCUUCUUCCCCUUCAUCGUGGUCCUCUCCCUGGAGACGUCUCUGUCCUUCACCGCCAAGAGCGCGCUGAGUCUGUUUGCGCCCACUUGCUUCAGCUACGCCAGCCAGUACAUCUCUCGCUACGAGGGUCAGGGAGAAGGGAUCCAGUGGAGUAACUCCUACGUCUCCCCCCUGGCCGGGGACACCUGCUCCUUCGGCUGGCUCUGCUGGUUGCUCCUCAUCGACUCCGUCCUCUACUUCCUGAUCGGCACGUACAUCCGCAUGGUCUUCCCAGGAAACUACGGCAUCGCGGUGCCCUGGUACUUCCCCGUGAUGCCCUCUUUCUGGGCGGACCUCUUCGGGUGCUGCGGCAAAGGGGCGGAGGAAAAGGGGUGGGGCGUGCAGAAGAACCCGGGAGGCUUCCCCAAAGACAUCGACCAAGACCGAGACGAUAGUGGCUUCCCCUCCCAGGUGGAGGAGGAGUUCCUCGGGCUGCCAGUAGGGGUCGCUCUCCAAGGCCUGACCAAGACGUACGGGACCCGGGCCGCGGUCCAGAACCUCACCGUGUCGUUCUACGAGGGCCACGCCACCGCCCUGCUGGGCCACAACGGCGCAGGGAAGACCACCACCAUGUCCCUUCUCACCGGCCUGUUUGGGCCUACCUCCGGGUCCAUCGAGGUCUACGGGAGGGACAUGCAGACCAACAUCAGCGAGAUCCGCAGGGACCUGGGGGUCUGCAUGCAGUACGACGUCCACUUCGACCACCUGACCACCAAGGAGCACCUGCUGCUGUACGGGCAGAUCAAGGCCCCCCACUGGACACAGGCGGAACUGCAGCACGAAGUCCGCAAAAUCCUCCAGGAGACCGGGAUGUACGCCCAUCGGCACAAGCGGGUGGGCACUCUGUCCGGCGGCAUGAAGAGGAAGCUCUCCAUCUCCAUCGCCUUCAUCGGGGGGUCUCGUCUGGUGGUCCUGGACGAGCCCACCACGGGGGUGGACCCCUGCUCCAGACGCAGCAUCUGGGACAUCGUCAUCCAGCACAAGAAAGACCGUACCAUCAUCCUGUCCACCCAUCACCUGGACGAAGCGGAGGUUCUGAGUGACCGCAUCGCCUUCCUGGAGAGGGGGGGGCUGAAAUGCUGCGGCUCCCCGUUCUACCUCAAAGACAGGCUGGCCCAAGGCUACAACCUCACCCUCACCAAGAAGAUCCAGGCUCCUGGGUCACAAAUGCGGUUUGAUGGCGAGGAGGUGAAGGCCUUCAUCCAGGCUCACCUGCCGGGGGCACGUUUGAAGGAGGGGGAUGUGGGAGAUGUGGUUUACUCCCUGCCCCCCUUUGGCUCACACAACGCCGAGGCCUACCACACCCUGCUGACCGGCCUGGACCAGAACCUGGAGGCCCUGCAGCUGGGCUGCUACGGGAUCUCAGACACCACCCUGGAGGAGGUCUUUCUCCAGCUGACGCGGGAGGAGACGGAAGCUGGAGGUCAGCUGACAGGACCCCAGGCUGACUCCGUAGUGGACCUCACCGCCUCUAGGGACAGCCUGCCUGAGGAAGGAAGCGUCACUGGAGACAAAGAAACUCUGACGGGGUCCUCCACCGUCCGUGGCUUGGCGCUGUUUGGCCAGCAGGUGGCGGCCAUGUUGAUAAAGAGGGUACACCACUCGCGGCGGGACUGGAAGGGGCUUCUCUCCCAGGUCCUACUGCCCGUCCUGUUUGUCAUCGCCGCCAUGGGCCUGGGUUCCAUCAAGAACGACCUGCAGUACUUUCCCAAGAUGGCGCUCUCCCCGGCACUCUACCGCACCGGCAAUCAGUUCUCCUUCUUCAGCAAUGCGAAUGCCAACUCCAGCCGCCUGGCCGACAUCAUGAUGUCCUUCCCCGGACUGGACAACACCUGCCUGGAUGGGGGAGGCGAGGCGGUGUGUCCGAGAAAAGCGCAAUCUGACGGCAGGUCGAGUGCAAACGGUCCGUUGGCAUUUAAACCCUGCCAGUGCAGCAAAACUGAACAGGUCUGCCCCAAAAAUGAGUACCAGCCCCCCCACCAGAAGGCCCCGUCCUCCCAGAUUGUCUAUAACCUGACGGGCAUCAACAUCGAGAACUACCUGCUGGCCACAGCCAAUGGCUUCAUCCGGAACAGAUAUGGGGGCUUUGACUUUGGAUUGCCCCUCCCCACCAACCUGAAAAUGGACCUGUUGGAUGUGCCAGACAACAGAACUCUGAGCAAGGUGUGGUAUAACCCAGAGGGACACCACACCAUGCCUGCUUACCUGAACAGCCUCAACAACUUCAUCCUGCGCUCCAACCUCCCGAGUGACAAGGAAGCAGAGCAAUACGCCAUCUCUGUGUCCAGCCAUCCUUACCCUGGCCAGACACAGGAGGAGGACGCCAUGAUCCGGAGUCUGGUUUACAUCCUGGUGGCGCUCUGCAUCCUGACGGGCUACUCCAUCAUGACGGCCAGCUUCGUCAUCUACGAGGUCCAGGAGCACCACAGCGGCUCCAAGGGACUGCAGCACAUCUCUGGCAUCGGGGAGCCCUUCUACUGGUCCGUCAAUUUCCUCUACGACAUGGCUCUGUACAUGAUUCCCGUGACGAUCUCCAUCGCCAUGAUCGCUGCGUUCCAGCAGCCGGCCUUCACCAGCCAGAAGAACCUGGGCGCGGUCGCGCUGCUGCUGGUGCUCUUCGGUUUCUCCACGUUCCCCUGGAUGUACCUGCUGUCGGGGGUCUUCAAAGAUGCCGAGAUGGCGUUCAUCAGUUAUGUCUGCAUCAAUCUGUUCAUCAGCGUCAACACCAUCAUCUCCACCGCCGUGGUCUACUUCCUGUGGCAACUUAACCAACAGGAAGAGAGCAUACACGAGGUGUACAGGAUGCUAAGCUGCGUGUUCCUAGUGUUCCCGCAGUUCAGCUUCGGUAAUGGACUGAUGGAGCUGGCACGGGUGAACAUGCAGGUGCAGAUUCUGAGUGCCUACGGCGUGGACGCCUACAAGGACCCCUUCGCCCUGGACGUCCUGGGCUGGAUGUUCCUGUCCAUGUUCCUGCAGGGGGCGCUGUGCUUCACACUGCGGCUGCUCCUCAACCGCUGGCUGAUCCGCAGACUCAGGAGGCUGGUGUGUCGAAAAGCGGUCCCGAAAGCGGGCGUGGAGACGGAGACGGAGGACGAGGACGUGGUGGAGGAGCGGGAACGUGUGGUCAGCGGGGGGGCCAGCGCUGACCUCCUGCAGGUCAGCCAGCUCAGCAAGGUGUACCAGCACCUGAACCGCAAGGUGCACGCGGUCAAGCAGCUGUCCGUGGGCAUCCCCGCGGGCGAGUGUUUUGGGCUUUUGGGAGUCAACGGCGCUGGGAAAACCACCACCUUCAAGAUGCUGACGGGAGACGUGAGCCCUACUGACGGCGUGGCACAGAUCCGGGACUGGGACGGACGGAUGGUGGACCUCAUCGACUGCAGGAACGAGGGCAUCAACAUCGGGUACUGCCCUCAGGUGGACGCGCUGGACGACCUCCUGACCGGAGAGGAGCACCUGUACUACUACUGCCGCAUCCGGGGCAUCUCCAGGAGGGAGACGGGCCGGGUGGUGAACUACCUGCUGAAGAAGCUUGAGCUGGGCUCACACAGGCACAACACCAGCCUGAGCUACAGCUGUGGGACCCGCAGGAAGCUGUCCACCGCUUUGGCUCUGAUCGGACACCCCCAGAUCCUGCUGCUGGAUGAGCCCAGCUCAGGCAUGGACCCACGGACCAAGCGCCACCUCUGGAGGAUCAUCUCGGAGGAAGUGCGGGGGAAGUGCGCCGUGGUUCUGACCUCACACAGCAUGGAGGAGUGUGAAGCUCUGUGUACAAGGCUGGCCAUCAUGGUGACAGGCCAGUUCAGGUGCCUGGGCUCCCUGCAGCACAUCAAGAACAGGUUUGGCAGCGGGUUCACAGUGAAGAUGUACCUGGCAGUGGCCUCCAGCAAUGCGGACGCCAUCACUGACUUCAUGCAGCUGCACUUCCCCAGUACCUACCUGAAGGACCAGCACUCAGCCAUGGUGGAGUACCACGUGCCGGUAGCCCCCGGCGGGGUGGCUGACAUCUUCCGGCAGCUGGAGUCAAACAAAGCCGCGCUGCAGAUCAAACACUUCUCCGUCAGCCAGACCACACUGGACGAGGUCUUCAUCAACUUUGCCUUGGGGAAGGUUGGCAGGGAAACCAUCGCCACCCAUAACGGCGACUCAGACUUGGACAGUUUGGACUCCAUAGAAGCCGUCAACACUUAGGAGCUAGGAGAGGACGAAGGCUCCAUCUUAUCCACCAUGCACUAUUGCCUGUAUAUUUCUAAUGCAUAUUUCCACAGUUGCUGUGAAAUAAGGGUGCCUUUCUACCGUCCUUCUGGAAAACCUGUCUUUCAUGCGACUCAGUAAUGCCUUAUUUUGAAUGUAACCAGUCUAUACUACGCGCCUUUCAUCAGAUGUAUUUAAUGAUUUUUAUAGUCUUUCAUAGCACAUCGUGCUUGGCCCUGCUGGGGGCUGCUCAUGGGUAACAUUGGUUGUCUCUGUCAUUGCUGUUCUGUAGUACUGUUACACGAUGUCACCACAAGGUCGCAGUUAUGUCAAGGGAAUGCUGGGAUUGCCUUGUUCCCCUCUCCUGUAAUAGUCACCCAUGGGACCAAGCACAGAAUCAAUUGUUUACUAUGAGCGAACAUUAAACAAACACGUACUGUUAUUUUCUACAAAUAGGUUGCCUAUACUAUAAGCACUUUUAAAUAUAGUAUAUUAGGAAAUAUAUGGGUUAUACCAGUAAUCAUGAAGUUCAAAUCAAGUGUUUUAGAACUUUUUCUUUCUUGUUUUACAUGCCAAGAUGAUUUUUUGCAGGUGUUAUUUAUGGGAUGACUUGUGAUACUACAUGUCUUGUGAUAUGUCACUGAUGCCAAUCAAAUUUAUCUGUAACAAAAAAAGGGAUUUGUGAUAAUAUUAAGGAGAAACAUUUCCCUUUACCGUUUUUAACUAUAUUUUUAACUGUUCAAUUAUGUGGCUGAGUAAUCAAUUUCUUUGCAUUCACUGAUAUGCCCUUUUAAGGGUUUAAGGAAUGUAGUUCAUGCCAAAAUCUACUGAAUAUUUAAUUAAAAUUUUAAUAAAGUUUUAAUAGUCUCUGAAA